AUGCAUCCCCAUUUCAAAACACCGGACGAAUUGUUGAAAUUAGGAGCUAAACGACGUCUAGACUCCAAUAGACUACCUGUCAGAGGUAAGAAACGAAUGGAAGCUACAGGAAGUCAACGUGAAAAGAAAUUAAUAGAAAAGAAACAAGAUCAAAUAGAAGACAUUUUAACUGAAGAGAGACUUGCGAAGUUGUCUCACUUAUCACGAGGAGAAUGGAAUGAUCAGACAUUGGUGGCUGAGAUCCAUUACAAGAAGGGAGCUCUGGAGUUAUACUAUAAGGGAUUGCCAUUAUCACUACAGGAAGCUUAUAGCAUAAUUUUAUCAAAGACCUUUCCAAUUUAUAAGUAUCAGGUUUAUUGCCACCUACUACGCCUAGGAUUUAUCGUCAAACGACAUCUACCUGCUAGGUUCAAAGUGAAUAAAGAAACUAAAUCAAAAUUACAACCCGAUCAUGAUGUGACAGAAGAUUAUCCAAUCCCAUUAGUUACUCCUAUGGAUGCAGAAACAACAGAUAAAAUCUUAAACAAGUUACAAGUUGUUAAAUCUACAAAAAUGGAAGAAGUUACUACAAAGUCAGGGUCCAAGAUGGAAGACACCAUCGAUUUCGAUGUAUAUUUGCCAAAUGCCAAUUUUAAGAAAGUAAACUUUGGCCUCCCAAAUAUCGCAGUCAAAGUUUCUAGGUACGAUGACCCAUUCCCUGAUAGUAGUUGCAUAGCCAAAUUAAUUAAUCUCUGUGAAGCUGUACCGCUAAAAUGGGCUCUAAAUGAGAAUGGCGACAUUACAUUUUAUUCGUUUGACGAUAUGGAAAUUCCGGUCGUUAGCUAA